UGUUUUAGAAACUGCUAGCUCAGGCUAACGUUAGCUAACAGACAGGGUAGUAUUGUCACAGUGAUUCCCCCGAGACAACUUCAACUGAUUCUUCCUCUGUAAUAUUCAUCACAAGCCUCCAGGUCAGUGUGUCACCAUCAUAGAAGGGAGGUGGCAGAUCUUGUGACAUGGUGUAGGGACCACAACCUAUCCCUGGAUGUUAGCAAAACAAAAGAGAUGAUUGUGGCCCCAGUCUGAGAUAGAGAGGGUGACCAACUUUAAAUUCCUCUGCGUCUACAUCAGCAAUGACCUCACCUGGUCCCACAACAUCACACAAUGUCUAUACUUCCUGAGGAGAGUGAAGAAAUUCAGAAUGUCACCCAGAAUCCUCAGCAGCUUCUACAGAUGCACAGAGAGCAUCCUCACCAGCUGUAGCAUGGCCUGGUAUGGCAACUGCAAAUCCCUGCCUAGGUUAUCUCAGGCAUGGCAUUUCUGCCACUGCAGGACAUCUGCCGGACCAGGGUCCACAGGAAGGCCCCAAACAUCAUCAGCAACCCUGCUCACCCCAACACAGCCUGUUCACACUUUAGCCAUCUGGCAAACAGUACAGUAGUGAACACUUCACAUCCAAUAAGAAGCGUAGACUCCCCAGCAUGCAGCAGGAGCUGGUGCUCUACACCAGGUCCUUGGGUGCUGCCCUUCAUCGAGCCUUUUCAUGCACUGAGAACUACUUCUGCCCCUUCCUUCUGUCUCCUACCACUGCCAAACUACCCUGCCCUAUGCCCAAGCUUCUUAGUAUAACUGAAUACACCUCAACUCCAGGGCACCAUGUCCCUCAAUGGUUCAUUUCCUAACGACAAUAAUCAAGCACAUGUGGAAAUCCAGCCGGUCUCCAGAGACAGGAUGAUAAACAGCACUCAUCCACAGAACAACAGUCACAGAAGAGAUAAUAGAGUCAGAGCUGAGGCCUCUUCAGGUCAGUCGAACCCCAUUAAGGCUUCCAGGACCCACAAUGAGCUUCACAAAGAACUGCUGCUGGCCCACAAACGAGGUCUGGUGCUGAGCAGCAGGUCAGAACUUCAGCAGGUGCUGGAGAGGAGGAAGAGGGUGCAGACUGGCCGAGAAGAGGAGGGACACACCAGGACUCCUCUGGAGGAUGAGCUAUUCAGACGUCAGCAGAAACAACUCCAGGUAAGGCAGAAUGAACAAGAGGAGAAAACACCAGAGGAAGCUCAGUUGAUGGAGUUUGUCAGAGUCCGACAGAACCUGAGAAAGAUCCACUCAGUGAUCCAGAACAAGGCUGCAAACUCCUGAAGUGCUACUGGAGAGUGCAUCCAGAGUGUAAAUUAAUAUCUUGUCUAAUCUGACUUUUCUCAACAUCUGUUGGCCUUUGUGUGCAAGAGUAACAAGCUGUAUGCUAAAAGAUAGAAGAAGUGGAUGAAAUACAGAAUUUUUAAAAUAUGGACACAUUGACAGGAGCUUGAAUGGAAAAUAGAAAUUGGAUGAUUUUUUUUAUGGUAGAUAUGUGAAGAAAUGUCAUCUGUCGUGUUGUGUAAGUCUAAUAUUUGUCAGUAUUUAUGCUUGAUAUAGCAAUUGUUAUUAAUCAGUAGUAUGUUGUAGAAAACAAACAUGAUUUCAUUUGAUCUGUCAGAUUUGCUAAUGUCCUUAUUGUGAAUGCAUAUUAAAAGUGUCUUUAUGAUUUAAGCUUAUGAGACUAUUCAACUGCCAGAAAGAGACACUGAAAGGAUCUUAUAACUUUAUGAAUA